AAUUAGUAAGAGCCGAACAUAUGUAUUUAAAAGUACAGCACGUAAGAAAAAUCAUACCAGUAACAAGUGACCAUCGUGAGCAAAAGUUCUUAGGUGAACUAUGGUAAAACAGCUCCUUUGCAGCAUCGUUAUCUUGACUUGUUAAUUGCCAUUUAAUACAAUUAUUAAAAUGUUAAAAAAGUCUUUACUUAUACUUAAUCUACUCUUCUGCUACCUGAAUAACUUUGGCUUAUGUGUAACCACAUUAUCUGAUCCAAGGGAUUUGUGUAGUCUUUUCACGGAUGGUACACGCCUUCGAAAACCCGGUUCUUGCACAGAAUAUAUACAUUGUUCCAACUCCACUGGAGUUAUAUACUCAUGCCCAUCUCUACAAAAAUUCGAUCGCAACGCACAAAGUUGUGUUCUAGAAGCCAAGCUCUCUGAUGUUGACGACUAUUGCCGCAAUCGGUGUUUAAAUAUUAAUGGUAAAUGGGUUACCGACCCAGCCACUUGUAAGGGAUAUUUCUACUGUGACAAUGGUCAACCACUGCAGGGUUACUGUGAAAAUGGUUAUUAUUUUAAUGAGGCAAAAUCGAUAUGCGAUUUUGAAAAUAUAAACUCUUGUAAUGUAAUACCGGAAAUUUGUGAUUUAGUACCGGAUGGAACGAAUUAUCGUAAUUCAACAGACUGCAGUACUUACUACCUCUGUAAAAAUGGCAAGAGUGUAAGCCAAAAAUGCACAAAAUACUUCAAUGUCGAAACUAGUACCUGUGGAACAAAGUUACCGAACUAUCCUUGCGCCCCAAAAUUUGACUGCAGAAAUCGCAAAGGUUUAUAUUCCGAUGGUGUAUCAUGUCGUGGCUAUUUUUACUGUCGCGAUUAUGGAAAGGAAAAUGACUUGAACCCCAUCUUUCUGCAAUGCCCAGUCGGCAAAUUAUUCGAUCAAACAACCUCAUCAUGUACUGAUCCUACCGAAUCGGAUUGCAGUUAUGAUCGAUGCCAAGGUCGGGGUGAUAUCGAUGUUCAAACUGUUGACGACAAUUGCAGAAGCUAUACAAUUUGCAAAAAUGGUGAGCAAAUUGAAAAGAAGCGGUGUAGUGGCGACAAAUUCUUUGAUGAAAAGUCACAGGCCUGUGUACAUACCUUAAUUACUUACAAGUGUUGUGAUGGGAAGUAACAUUACCCAACUGGUAAUAUUCCCUGUAAUCUGCGCAAACAUUCACUUAAAUUGUAGUAUUGGUGGCGGUAAUAAAGGAAAUAUCAAUAGUUUAUCAUAUAUAAUACUUGUGAUAACUUAAUGAAGUAUAUAUUUCUACAAU